AUGCCUUCACCACCAUCUUUCCACAGGCAGCAGCAUCACAUCCUGGCUAGUUUUACCUUUGUGAUUCAGAGCAUUAUGGGCUGUCCACUUCACUUUAUAGAAGCCUUGGAAUCUGCUCUCCUAGAUCCAUAUUGCUUCUACUCAUUUUCAGGGAUUUCAGGGACAUUUGCCUUUUCUUUUUUGUAUGCAAAAUUCCCAUCCAUGUGUGGACCCACUUGGUGUACUUGAAGGGUACACCUGACACUUCAAGCACUUGACCUGUGCCUGAGCUGGACCCUGCACUGUACAUCUCCAACUAUGUUUGUCAAGCUUUCUGCAAGACUCAUCCAGAAUGGACACAUAAACAUAAGUUUCAGCAGAGGGGAGAAGGUCCUGGUUGCAUUCUGA